CUCGGAUUUAAUCUUGCUACUUGGUACAUGUGUGUCUGGUCGAUAUAAUUUCAUUCAGUUCUUUCGUCUGGAGCAAAGUUGUUUAGUUUUUUUUUCAAUAUUUUUAAAAAUACCAAUUUCGCUGGAAUUGGGUCGUUGACUUUGGAAAUAAUAUUAAGUAUCAUGUCGUCGAAGUAUUUGGAAUUGUGUACGAAAAGCCAACUCGAUGAUUAUUUUGCUGAAUUUGGCGCUACAGAAGAGUCGGUCAAAAAUGAUGUGAAAUAUUUGAAAGAAUGGAUGAGACAACAACCUCAUUUGCCAAAUAUAGAAGAUGAGGAAUGGCUGACUAAUUUUUUAUUAAGGUGUAAAAACAGCCUAGAAAGGACAAAAAAAUCGCUAGAAACGUACUACACGACAAGAGUCACAAUGCCCGAAGUUUUUCAAGAUCGUGAUCCGUGUACCAAAGAAAUGAAGGAGCUUUCGCAACGAUGCUGUUUAAUUCCUAUUCCAAAAUUAACCCCGGAAGGACACCGAAUCGUAAUUUUCAAAAUUUUCGAAAAAGGAAACAGCGCACCCAAUGGCGAUCUGAUCAUCAAAGCUACUCAAAUAGUAUCCGAUUACCUAAUGAAAGUAGAUAAAAAUCGAGGCCUGAUUGUAAUUAUGGAUUACGAAAAUAUCAACAUGAAUUACGUUACGAUGUUGUUCUCGACGGUGAAACAAUUUGUUACUUUAGUAACGAAAACUACUCCUUAUCGGUAUCAUAAAGUAUAUCUCGUUAAUAUUAUACCAGCGCUGGAACCGUUCUUCACUAUUUCCAUGAAAUUGGUGAAAUCAAAAUUAGUUGAAAGGAUUACAAUGUGGAGAGAAGGGUCUAAAAAAUUGUAUACAGUCCUACCAAAAGAAUUGUUGCCCGAAAAAUAUGGAGGAACUUAUGAAAAAACAUUCGAAGAGUUAAGAGAUCUUUUUUUCGAAGAUUUAACCUCGAAACAAGACUGGUUCAUUUCCGAUGAGAAAAAUAAAACUGAUUUAAGUAAAAGACCUGCUGACCAUCCAUUCGUAGAUGACGAUUCCAGCAAUUAUGGAGUAGAAGGGUCAUUUCGUAAAAUAUGUUUGGAUUGAUUUCUUGAUUUGCUGACAGUGAAUAAUGAUCAGUGAUCAAACUAAGUAUUUAUGAUUUUAUAAGAAAUUUUUUUCGAGUUUAAGAUGUUUGUAUUAUAAAUAUGUUUAUCUAUUCUUUGUGUAAUUUUUUUGAAAAAAGUUGAUUAUAUUAA